AUGAAAUCAUUAUCAAUUACAUGUUCAUUAUGUUUAUGGAAUGGUUUAUUCAAGGACUAUGAAGAACAUCUAAAAACAACUCAUACGAAUCCAGCAUGUGAAUUUUGUGGAGAAAAAUUUGAUUCAAAGUUUCGACUUGAUGAACACAAACAAAAACUAUGUACUAAAAUUAUUGUACCUUGUGCACUUAAGGAAUAUGGUUGUUCGAACUCAGUCUGUCGAGCUCAAUUACAAGACCAUUAUUUGAGUUAUAGUCAUCAAAAAACACUAGCUAGUAUUAUGCAUCGCUUUGCAUCGAGAACAACAAAUGAUCAACAUGAACAAGGAUCAGGAACGGAUGUUGAUGUCGGACAAAGUGCUCCUAGCUCAAUCACUACAACGACAAACGAAAAUGUACGUCCACAAAUGCAAGAAGUAUACGAAACAAUAAAUAUUCUUACUAAUGAGACCCAAACAUUAAGUGAUCAUACACAAUAUCUUAGUAGUGAAUCGAUUCGUUUACAAAGUUCUACCGAAUCUGUGACGCAAGAACUUUCAUCACUCAAAUUGAGUAUUCAAGAACGAAAUUCUUUUUUAAAUGAUGUUAAACCUAAUCAAAAUAUUGUUCAAGAAAAUGUUACAACAUUAAAACCAAAAACUGAUAGUAUGCAAUAUGUAUCUUAUGAUGGAACAUUAAUAUGGAAAAUUACCAAUUUUCAUGAAAACCUGAUGGACGCUCAAUCGGAACGACAAACAUCGAUUUAUUCACCUCCAUUUUAUUCGUCAUUUACUGGCUAUAAAAUGCGAGCUCGACUUUAUCUUAAUGGUGAUGACAAUGCUCGACGUACACAUAUAUCAUUGUUUUUUGUUCUUAUGCGUGGCCCAAAUGAUGCAAUAGUAAAAUUUCCUUUCAAUUAUAAAGUUACAUUUUGUUUGUAUGAUCAAACUCCUCAACAACAACAUAUUAUUGAUUCCUUUCGUCCUGAUAUUAAAUCAAAUAGUUUUCAGCGACCACGAUCAGAAAUGAAUAUUGCUAGUGGUAUACCUAAAUUCUUUCCAUUGACGAUGAUUCAACAAGAAGGUAAUCCCUAUGUAAGAGAGGAUACAAUGUUUAUUAAAGUAAUGGUUGACUUUGAUGACAUGCCAAAAACAUUGUUACCAUAUGCUUUGAGUCUUAAUCCUGGAUUACCUAUGCAUAUUCAACAAUUAAUGAUAAAACAAGAAACAGAACGAAGAGCACAACAACAAUCUCAACAAACACCUACAUCACUUGGAAAUCGUCCCACAACAUUGGCAAUGCCACCAAAUAACGCAAUUCUUCGUUAUGAAUUAGCAAAUUAUUAUCAAAGUAAACAACAUCGAGAUUCAAUUAUUAAUGUAAUUCGAAAAAUGAAAUUACAGUUAAGAAAUACUCAAAUGACAUCUAAUCAAAUGGAUACUAAUAGUCUUCGAACAACUACAAUUACAGAUGACAGUGUUGCUGUAAAUCAAUUGAAAGAGCUUCAUAAAACUAUCAAUACAUUGUCAAAAAGUACUGGAACGUUGAGCGAAGAUGUCAAAUUUUAA